AUGCUGGAGUCAAUAAAAGUCACAGAAAGACUCCACUGGCCAGAGGUAGAAAUGUCCAAAAAGUACGUCUUAAACACUGCUGACAAGCCAGUGAGUCCAAGCCAAGUCUACUUGGAGAAGAUGUCUUCCAGUGUCCUCAAAGACCUCUUUAGCUCUGGCUCCAGCAGCUACAAUGUCCUGCUGCAGACUGAGGAGGAGGAGGAGAAGAAGAGCCCCAAGCCGUCCCCUCACAAGAGGCCAAAGACGUCACUGAAAUGUGGGAAAAGAAACCGUUCAGGUAUGGCUCCUAAAAAGGUGCGGGCUGCAGAAGGUGGUGGUAGACCUGCCCAGACCAACCGCGUCCUCUCAGGCAGCAACUCCAACCUGCCGAAGCCGGUGCGGACCAUCGCCGUAGUGGGCAGCACCAUGGGCCUGAACCCCCGCGUACUUCCACAACUCCGGAGGACGUGCCUCCCCAGCUCCCCUCGCACUAAACUUCCUUCUCUGCACAAAGCAGCGAUCACACGGGAUGUGGAAAAUGCCAAGAAGCUCUGCAUCCUUACAGCCAUCAAGCCGUUUAAUGUGGAGAAAGAAAAGGCCAAGUUCUUCAAGUCUGACUUCAACUACAAUCCACAGUUUGAGUACAGCAACCCUGUUUCUCUGCUUAUCCUGGAACGGCAUAAUAAUGCCUCAGAUCGAUUCCUGACACAGGCGGUGAAUAUCAUGGAGCUCGCCCUGCAACGAUAUGGCAGCUAUGAGAAGUUUGAGCAGGCCACCGGGGGCAGCCUCCUCACCAAGAGCCGCAUCUGGCAUAACGUCAAGAAGUACAUGGAGAAGGAAGGCUGCAUAGGAGAGAUAGUAGUCCAGGUGACAGAUGACCUCCUGUCCAGAGCCUCCAUGACGGUGGUGAACAGCAGACCCACACUGACCAUCAACAUCUCCACUGCCAGAGAGCAUUGGCUGGAAGGCAUGCUGAGGCAUGAGAUUGGCACACAUUAUUUCCGUGGCAUCAACAACUGCCACCAGCCGUGGAGCAGCAGCGUGGGCAGGAAGAAGCACAACCUGAAGCCUCUGAACCCCACAGAAGAAGGGCUGGCCAGCAUCCACAGUGUCCUGUUCAGGAAAGACCCCACGCUGUGGCGCGCAGCCCUGCUCUACUACACCGUCUACCAGGCCAGCCACAUGUCCUUCUCUCAUCUUUUCAAUGACCUGGGACGCUUCGUCCAGGAUCCCAUCACCCGCUGGGACUACUGUGUCCGAGCCAAGAGAGGCCAGUCCGAUACAGCACAGCCAGGGUGCUUCAGUAAAGAUCAGGUCUACCUGGAUGGCAUUCUGAAGAUCCUUAGACACAGAGACAAGAUCAACUUCCCACUGCUGAUGACUCUAGGAAAGGUGUCAUUUGAAGAUGUGGACCGCCUGAAAGCUGUGGCUCAGAUGGAGAACGUCCGCAUCCCACACUUCAUGCAAGACCAGGCGAAGUACGCUGAGCAGCUGACGAAUAUCAUGGCAGUCAACCAGCUGACUGACGAGGAGCUCAGGACCAUCAUCUAAAUGAAGCUGUCACAUCACUGCCAGCCCUGGCCUGCAUGCCUCUACACCACCACUGUCAUCAUGCAUGGUAGCAGAGAGUGUGUGACCUGCACAGCGUGCUGUACUGCAUGUCAUGUAGAGAUGUGUUAGAUCCAUACAUUAGUUUGACCUGAUAUAAGCUUUGAAUUAAAAUCUGUUACUGCACAGUUGUUUUCCCACUCAUACUGUAGGAACCACCCAGAGAAUCAUUUCAGUGUGUUGUGUUUAGGGCUGGCUAUAGUUGGAACUGUUUCUAUACUAGUGCCAAUGCAAUGAGUUGCUGUAUCAAUACGAAAUGAUACCUUUUCAAAACCUUACUCUACUUUUCUUUAACAUUUUCCAAGAAUUUCGUGCCAACUUUUUAUUUUUAUUUGACUGUUUCUGAUACUCAGCUUGGUUUGAGGUUUGAUACCC